AAAUAACCCUCUAAGCCACAACUAUCUCCAUUCUUAGCCACAUAAAUCUCAAACUAAAAAUUAAAACUAGUAUCCUACCCAAAAAAAAAAUAUAUAUACAUAUAUAUAAUUGCAAUUCUUUUAAGAUUACUUGCAACCUAGAAUUUUGAUGGCGGAACAAAAACCUCACUUCCUUCUUAUGACCUACCCGGCCCAAGGCCAUAUCAACCCCGCCCUACAAUUCUCUAAGAAGCUCCGGAGAGCCGGGGCUGAUGUUACCCUUAUCACUAGUGUCUCCGCCCAUACUCGGAUCGACAAAGCCACUGUUCCUACUGGUGUGGAGUUUGAAUCGUUUUCGGAUGGAUACGAUAACGGUUAUAGGGCAAGUGACGGGGAUGUCAUGGACUAUUUAUCAACUUUUCGCCAGCGUGGGGCUAAUACCUUGGAGACGCUCUUUCAGAAGAGCGCCAGCAAGGGAAAACAUGUUACUUGUGUAGUGUACACCUUACUUUUGCCUUGGGCGGCCGAGGUGGCACGUAAGUUUCACGUGCCAUCCGCUCUUCUAUGGAUUCAACCCGCGACAGUUUUUGACGUGUACUAUUAUUACUUUAAUGGUUAUGGUGAUAUUAUAAAAGAAUGUGAAAAAGACCCCUCAUGGUCAUUAGAAUUACCAAAUUUGCCAUUUAAACUUGUAACCCGUGACCUACCUUCAUUUCUUUUACCAUCCAACCCUUUUUUGUACACUUUUGCUCUCCCUACAUUCCAAGAACAAAUGGAACAAUUAGAAAAAGAGGAGAAACCAAGAAUCCUUGUGAAUUCCUUUGAGGAUUUAGAAAUCCAUGCAUUUAAAUCCAUUGAAAAACUUAGCUUAGUUCCUAUAGGACCUCUCCUACCCUCGGCCUUCCUUGAUGGGAAGGAUCCCUCAGAUAAAUCCUUUGGUGGAGAUCUUUUUCAAAAAUCUAAAGAUACAGAUUAUAUAAAAUGGUUAAACUUAAAUAAAUGUUCCUCGGUGAUUUACGUGUCCUUUGGAAGUCUUUCAGUACUAUCCAAAGAACAAAUGGAACAAUUAGCUAUCGCUCUGAUACAGACCCACAGGCCGUUCCUGUGGGUCAUCAGAGAAAUAGGAAAAAAAGAAAAAUUUGUACCCGAUAAUAACGAGGAAGAUAGUUUGAGCUGCAUGGAGCAGCUCAAACAACAAGGGCUAAUUGUCCCUUGGUGUUCUCAAGUGGAGGUUUUAUCUCACCCUUCAGUCGGAUGUUUUGUGACACAUUGUGGAUGGAACUCGACUUUAGAAAGUCUAACAUCUGGUGUUCCUAUGGUCGCGUUUCCACAAUGGACCGACCAAACGACGAAUGCUAAGUUAGUAGAAGAUAUUUGGAAGAGUGGGGUAAGGGUAAAGGUGAGUAAUGAAGAAGGAGGAUUGGUAAAGAGCGAGGAGAUUAAGAGAUGUUUGGAGAUUGUAAUGGAAAGUGAGGAAAUAAGAGAAAAUGCUAAGAAAUGGAAGGAAUUGGCUGUUGAAGCUGCUCAAGAAGGUGGAUCUUCUGAUAGAAAUUUGAAGGCAUUCAUGGAGGAAUUGUUCAAUGUUGAUUGUCAAAAUCCAUGAUUAUGAAAAUUUAUGAUCAAUUAACAUACUAAUAUUUGAUAUAUUUUAUCUUUUUAUGAAUGAUUAGUAGUAAUUAAUUUAAUUUUAAGGUUUUAAGCUAUAGUUUCAUGCAUGUUGUAUAAUUAUUAUACUAUAUUAGUUAUAGUAAGAUUCUUGUGUUGGCAAAUGUAAAGAAAAUAAAUUGAGUUUCAUAGAGAUGUGUAAUUGUAUUACUUUUGAUAUAAAUAUUGAUCAAGCUUUCCUUAUACAA